AUGUCUGCUGGUGAAGACGGAUACGACCUGGAUAAAGUCAAGUGUCUCCACGACGCUUUGUUUGGCUACGCACCCUUCAUCUACGAACUCAACUCAGGCAGUAACUGGAGCGACGUGAAAUCCGCUUACCUAAAAGUUUUCGCAAAACUUGAGACCGAUCCACGUUUGCCCGAAAAGUACAAAGACAGCGCCCGACAUUUGUCAUGGUUCGAAAAAGCACUCGAAAAUCAAGGCUCAGUCGAAAAAAGCUCCCUAGAGAAGGCGUUUCAAAUUAAUAACACCGGUGUCUAUAUAGUGCGAUACUCGCCCCAAAUGGACCAAAAACGCAAAGUGCUAAUCGAGCCUGAAGAUGCAGUGAUGUUGCAUUACAAAGAAGAAACGAAAUCAGCUGACGGCCAAGUGACCGAAGAAAACCGAGAAUUGAAUUUAGCCGAAUUGCGAGAUCUUCUCAGUCGGCUAAUGCUGAUAGUCGGCAAAGAGAAACACGAACAUGCGCAAAGUGUUGACAUUUUCAUCGCGACUUUCCAGAACAUUGAACGGCUGACAUCGUCUUUUGUGACUUUGUUCAAUUCUGGAUGUGAUUUUUUCAAUGAUUGGGCUGUUCAUAUUAGAACGAAAACCGACGGUACACUAUCUGCGCUGGAGAUCAAGUUAGGCGAAACAGGGAAAAAUUUGUACUCAAAUAACCGAAACACGAAUCAGGAACUUUCAAAUCUCUGUAUUGCAUUGGAGUCAAUUAAAGAUAAAUGGGAACAAAACGUUUUUGCCAUGCGGUGCCGACUCCCAAUUUUGAACGAAUUCAAUAUGCAACAAUUGAGUGCUCUUUGCUCGGGUCUGGCAAAACUCAAACGUAACAGAACACAAAUUGACGAAACUACCAAAUAUUACCUGGAGUCCAUCAACAAAACUAUCACCAAGAAUGACGUUGUUGAGUUCUUGUAUGAAAAGUACGAUGACGAUAGCAUGGAAAAUGAAGACAUAGAAAAUGAGGCAAUUACCUUAGAAGAACUCACAAGUAAAGCUCACGUGGACGAGAGAAGUGGUUGGCUCAAUUUAAUUGAUAGCUUGAGGAGCCAUGCCAAUGACAAUGAAAGUUUAGCCAAGGCUGGAAUCCAAGCAACUCGAGAUGCUACUGAUGGAUCAUGGAGCAAUUUCGACGAAGGCGAAGCGAUGAAUUGGAUCAUGGAUAAUGAAGACGAGAAAGAGAUCAUUGAAAACUUAUCGCGGAAGUUUGACGAUCAUAUUGCUUCCUUAGACAGAACUGAAACUACUGGAGCCGGUUUGGACAAGAGUGGAAACAAAGUUGAUCUCGGCGAGUUUGCGCAAAAGAUGCAAUAUGUUUUUGACAAAUAUUUAUCAGGCAUGAGAGAAAACUCCUUGGAAAAUUACGUGAAUCUUUUCCAACUUGGGUAUGUCCUGAAUAGGUGCGUGGAAAAGAAGCUGGAACAUGAAAACACACCUGCUUAUUUGAAGUAUCCUGAGCAUCUGAAACUGGGGAAGCCAAACUUGGUAAUUUGUGAAAAGCGCUCUGAAAUUCUUCUUUACAUUAUGUCAUUGUACAGUUUCGUCUCAAGGCAGAAAUUACCGGACUAUAACCAAGUUUUGCUAUGCAGUGCAAGAACAUCUGUUGGGGAAGUUGAAACCUUCAUGCUCCGUGCUAUGCUGGAUCCACAAAACAAAGUGUAUUCAAUUGCCUUUGCAGACGAUCUGAGUCCUACGUGUGCAGAUCAAAUGGAGAAAUUGUUGUUCGAAAAAAUAAAGGAUCCGAAACCAUCCUACAAGUUGAUAGUGUUUAAUUGUGACGAUAGUAGCCAAGUGUCGGUGGCGCUGGAGAAAUUUAAAGCGAGGUUUGUAAAAGAAUCGGAAGAUGAUUUGAGAAGCUAUCUGUGUGGCAACUUGAGAGCAGCCGAAGACACAAUAGACAUUUUCAGAGUCCGACUGAUCACUUCCACCCAACCAUCUUCAGGUAAAUCCUUGCAUAUCGACCGCCUGGAGAGUGAAACGAAAGAGAAAUGCAGUCGAAGCUCACACGCCAUCCUCCGUCUCUACGAUCGAAAUGUGGACUUCGAAAGAGUUCUGGACUUUCUAUGGCGACACAAAACUGUAUCUGUUCCCACAAUCAUUCAUUUGGACGUGUCGCCUAAUGUGAUGGAAAAUGUGGACGAGUUGCUGUUCAAACUGUGUGUGCUGGGCGGUCUAGCAGAUGAGAGGGGAAAGCUGUUCUUAGCCAAAGACAAUUUUUGCCUAGCCGUCGAAAUGCUGACACCACAGAAUGAUUCCCAUUGGAAGCCCCUGUGCAGUUUAAUGCCAUGUACAGUGUGUCUAUCGCCCAACCAAUGUCUCCAGGAUAGCGAGGCGAAAACUGAUUUCAAGCGCGUCAUUGGCCCAGAUCCAAUUCUCAUCCAAAGUCCAGAGUUCCAGAGAUCAUAUCACUAUCUGGACGCCUUCAAUCAAAACAGAGAUCUGUCUCUCUACACUUACCAAGGCGAAAUGGAAGAUGGGCGCUUAGUGAUUGAGGUUAUCAAGCGAAACAGUGGGCUCAAUAAUCCCACUUGGGCGCAGCUGUCCUUCUUUGCUAGGUUCUUGAAUCAGCAAUUAAUUGCUUGCGAACAGAACUUUUUUGUCGGAUCUGGAGAGUUCGAAGGCUUCAAAAAUUUCUACGUAAAACACUGCUUAAUUGAAAUGGCACAAGACUUUGCACUGCCUAGCUUAAGCAUCGCUGACAACUCGCCCCUUUUUGGUCUAAACGAGAGCGCGAGAAACUACGAAGUUCAUCAAAUUCGAAGACGAUGGGAAAACUGUCCACAUCCUUAUGUUUUUAUCAAUUCAGACCAAAUGACCUUCACGUUCUUAGGAGUGCGCAUUACUAAUUCUAAUUUGCAAGACUGGAAGGGGAAUGUGUUAGCCAGAAAUGUCAUGAGCGCUGAUCUUCAGAAAAAGAUAAAGCGACAAGCUUUCGAUGAAAAGGACGUUUUGGACGAAAACUUUGACGAACUUCAAGUGAACGUGAAACAAAUGAAACUCUGUCGAGUUAUAGGAGUGGAGCGAAACCGGAUCCUCUUUGAUCCAACGUAUGAACUUACCCAGGAUAAUGUCAUGAAGCUGUUGGCUAUUUACAUGCGGUUCAGAUGCAACAUUCCAGUGGUUAUCAUGGGCGAAACGGGCUGCGGAAAGACGAGGUUGAUCGAGUACCUUUGUAACAUUAUGGCUAGAGGAGAGAAUGUGGAAAACAAGAAGUUCGUGAAAGUCCACGGUGGAGUUACAAUGCAAGACAUUGUGCAAAGCAUAGAAGAUGCUGAAAAGUUAGCUAUCGCGAACACGCGAAAAUUUGGAGACGGAUUUUACACCGUCCUUUUUUUUGAUGAAGCAAAUACAACAGAGGCGAUAUACGGAAUCAAAGAAGUUAUAUGUGAUUUCAGUGUGAAUGGUCGAAAGCUGGAUCCAAAGUCGGGACUAAAAGUAAUUGUUGCUUGUAACCCGUACAGAAAACACGAUGAUAAAAUGAUCAAGAAACUUGAGUCCCAAGGACUGGGAUACCAUGUCAAGUCCAGUGAAACAAGUGACAAGUUGGACUCCGAUAUCCCGAUGCGUCACCUUGUCUACCGAGUGAACCCGUUGCCGCCAAGUUUGUUGCCGCUGGUCUGGGAUUUUGGUCAACUGACAAGUGAAGUGGAGAAUAAGUAUAUCAAGCAGUUAGUGUCGAAGCGAGCUGCCGAUAUGCGUCUCAUUGAAGCCGAUGUUGAUUUCAUCUGCAACCUUCUGAGCUGUUCACAGAAAUUCCUACGAGAAAACCGAGACCAAUGUCUUUUUGUGAGUUUGCGAGACAUCGAAAGGGCCAUGACUGUACUGCAAUUUUUUUACUCGCAAAAAGAGAUGCUUUUGGCUAAGAUGGAUGAACUUGAUUUGAAUUACAACAGUGAAGAGGAUGAUGAUGAUGAUGACAGCGCAACUGAUGCCAUCAAUGAGAUAGCUAGAUUGAUGAUUCUAACACUUGGAGUCUGUUAUCAUUCUUCCUUAGAGGAACGAUCGAAAUAUAGAAAGACAAUCACCGGGUCUUUCAAAGGUGCCUAUAAAUUACCCAAUGGAGACAAAACUAUUUUGAACGAACUGGAAAAUUGCAUGCAAGUGUUUUUACAAAACAUCCAGCUAGAUGCUAAAGCAAACAUUGCCAAGAACCUGGCUUUGACCGAAAAUGUAUUCAUGAUGAUCAUUUGCAUCGAGCUAAGAAUCCCGUUGUUCCUAGUAGGGAAACCAGGCAGCUCAAAAUCAUUGGCCAAGACGAUUGUGAUUGAUGCUAUGCAAGGAGAGAGUUCCAGGAAUGAGUUCUUCCAGAUGCUGAAACAAGUUCAGAUGCUCUCAUUUCAGUGCUCACCUCACACGCACGCAGAUGGUAUCAUCAGUAUCUUUAAACAAGCAGCCCUGUACCAGAAAGGCAAGGAGUUGAAGCAGUUUGUAAGCGUGAUUGUCCUCGAUGAAAUCGGGUUAGCGGAAGACUCGGCCAAAAUGCCGUUGAAGACCUUGCAUCCUCUUUUGGAGGAGGGGUUCGUAGAAUCCAGAUCAGUGAAGCAGGACUGGGGAAAAGUUGGCUUUGUGGGAAUUUCGAAUUGGGCCCUUGAUCCAGCCAAAAUGAAUCGGGGAAUUUUAGUCAGUCGAGCAAUUCCGAAAUCAGAGGAGCUGGUCAAAAGCGCGAGGGGUAUAUGCCGAGUAGAAAUUGAAGGUAAACUACUAGAAAAGUUCAUUCAACCAUUGGCCGACGCUUACGAAAAAGUAUAUAAAGCUCAAAUGAAAGAUGGACACGCGGAAUACUUUGGGCUGCGAGAUUUCUAUGGAUUGUUGAAAAUGCUCUACAGGGUGCAGAUGAAACAACAUCAGAGAACUCUGAGGUGGGAUGCUGUUCGAUGUGCGAUUAGACGAAACUUCGGAGAGAAGAACUGUCGAUAUUUGCAAAUUUUUGCGGAUGAAUUGAGCAAAAAGCAAGCAUUUGAAGAUGCAAGUGUAAACGAUGUUGUUGAAACUUUGGAGUUGGUUCACCAGAACAUCGAAGAAGCGGACGAAAGAUCAAAACUGACUGAAGAGAAAAGAAACUUAGACAACGAAAGUCGAUACCUGCUGCUGAUGACAGAGAACUUUUCGGCUCUUCAACUGUUGCCCCAGGUCUUGAAAAUAGAAGACUACGAAGUCAUUUUUGGUUCAUCGUUCCCCCAGGAUCAAGAAUAUAUUCAGGUAUGCAAGAACAUCAACAGAAUAAAAGUUUGCAUGGAAACAGGAAAAACGGUUGUGCUUCUGAAUUUGGGAUCUCUUUACGAGUCCCUUUACGAUGCUUUGAACCAGUAUUAUGUGUAUUAUGGAGGAAAAAGGUACGUUGAUCUUGGCUUAGGCUCCAAUCGUGUCAAGUGUAGUGUUUCUGAGAACUUCCGACUCAUUAUGAUUGAAGAAGAAAAAUUAGCCAGAAAUUUCCCUAUUCCUCUUUUGAACCGUCUGGAAAAACACUUCCUGGGAAUGGAAUCAAUCCUCAACACAAAAUUGGCUAAGUUACGACAAAAACUAUCGGAAAACUUGGAAGAGUUUUCGGAUGUUCCGAGAACCGACAAAGAAGGCUCGUCAUUCCAUGUCCGCGACGCUUUCAUUGGUUACCAAAAAGAUACGACGGCCUGUGUUUUAAUCCAGGCUGAAAAUUAUGUUUCUGAAAAUGCGACGAAUGAAGAACUUCUAAAAGCAGCUAGUCUUAAACUGGUUCAAACGUGCUCGAUUGAUGCCAUAAUUCGAUCAAGGUCAGCCGUCUCAUCUUUCAACUCACAUGACCUGAAGGAAAUUUACAGCUCUCAAGGACGCAAUAGCUUGUCUGACUUCUUGUGGCAGCAAUGCUACAACAAGAAAUCUAAAGCCUUGAUCGAAGUUUCGACAUUCUGCCGAAUUCCGUCGGCCAAAAACAUGAAAGACUGUAAUUUGAUCCUUAUGAAAAGAGAGCAGACGCUAGUGUCACAGGAAAGACAUUUCGUGAUUAACUUGAAUGUAUUCAAAACUGAAAUCGAAUUUGCCGAAAGAGUGGAAGACUUUUACCGAAUGGCGGCUAAACAUCCUGAUUUGACUAAAAUACUUUUUGUUACAUGCUCGAGAGGUCAAAAGUUUGUCCCGCUGAUUGCGUCAGCAAAAUACAAACUGCAGAAUUUGCAUACUGAUUGCAAGAUUCCAAACUUGUACCUUUUGUUCAUAGUUGAGCUCCCGAGGAACUGGUACGAGUCAGACUACAGCAGCUUCUCAGUUGGCAAUUGGGAGAGUUUCCACAUCGAUGAGCUCCUAAGAGACGAAGAAUAUCAAGGCCUUCCGAGGUUGCUAUCUCUCAAGGUCAGACGUUGAA